UGUUCUGAUAUGGGCUCCUCCAAUUCCAAAGCAGCCAAUAUCCAAGGUGCGUGAAGAUGGUCCCUUCGGCUUGGCCCCACCUUUGGUUCUUCACAACCUUUUUACUGUGGUGGGUUGAAAAAUACAAACAAGUCGCUCAAAGUGUGGUAUAAUGGUGUGAAUGAAUGUCACGGGAACGAGAUUGAUGCUUCAAUAGAACGGGGGAGCAGUAAGCGGCACGAUCGCCGCUCCCAGUUGAAAAUCUCUCGCUCUCAUUCAUACUUUUAUACUACCAAAAUUCUCUUUCUCUGAGACACUGUGGAUACAUUUAUAUAUAUAUAUAUAUUCAUACGAGUGUAUUUGUCGGAUCAUUGAUGAGGAAAUGCGGUGUGGAGGUUGAAGGAUAAACGAUAAAGGAUUAGGGUUACAUUUUUUUGCUGCCAUUAAUCGGAGGACGAGAAUGCCAUUGACUUGGUUCCAGAUAAGGAACGAGUACAGCUUGACUGAUCCGGAGCUGUACAGAGAAGCCGACAAGGAUGAUCCUGAAGCUCUUCUGGAAGGCGUGGCCAUGGCCGGCCUCAUUGGCGUCCUGCGUCAGCUCGGCGACCUGGCUGAGUUUGCGGCGGAGGUAUUCCGUGACUUGCAUGAUGAAGUGAUGGCAACUGCUGCAAGAGGGCAUGGUUUAAUGGUUCGUGUCCAACAGCUUGAGGCUGAAUUUCCUUCAAUUGAGAAGUCAUUCCUCUCCCAAACUAGUCAUUCAUCGUUCUUUCAUAAUACUGGUGUUGACUGGCACCCUAACAUGAGUAUGGACCAGAAUCUGAUAGCGCAGGGGGAUCUACCUCGAUUUAUUAUGGACUCCUAUGAAGAAUGCCGAGGUCCACCUCGGCUAUUCCUUCUGGACAAGUUUGAUGUUGCUGGUGCUGGCUCAUGUUUGAAGCGUUACACUGAUCCAUCAUUCUUCAAAAUGGACUCAUCAUCCUCUGGGAUGAUGAAUACAGAAGUUCAGAGGGAAAAGAAAACCCACAAAGGAAAGAAGAAGGGAUCAGGAUGGAGAAACGGAGAAACCUCAGAGGUCUUAUCAACAUCACAUGCCAAACUGCAUCAGUUAUUCAUGGAGGAAAGUGUUGGGGAUCGUAUUAAUAACCCUGCAUUUCAUGUUAAACUGAAGAGAAGACUGAAUGGAUUCCCAUUUGAAACAAAAGCCGUGAGAAGUUAUAUGGAGAAAUUCUUGGAGACACCUAUACCAGGUGAUGAUGUAGCCCAUGAAAUCUCUGGUAACUCGUCGCCCUUGAAAUUGCCAUCAAAUGUUACUGGUGAAUCAGGGAGUGAUAUACUUGAAAUCAGUGUGGUGGACCCUGAGAAAGAAUUACAACAGAGAAAGAGAAGCCCAGGGUUAUCUCCUGACUUUGAGGAAACUGAACUCAAACAAUCCAUGGGUAAGUUGACUGAAGAGGUUGAUUCUAGAAUUUCUGGGUUGACGAAACAGAACCCUAUUUCUGAAGCAGAUAUUAAUCUGCCUAAACUUCAUGAAGAGGUUGUUGAAAAGGAAAUAGUAGUUGAUGAGGAGAGGAAAAUAGAAGGCAGCCCAUUCGGUUAUGAAUCUGAUGAUAUUACUAGUGAGGUAGAGAAUUACAUGGAUGCCAUAGCAACCAUGGAUUCAGAGAUGGAAACAGACACUGAGUGUAGAGCAAAGGAUGAUCUGCAUUUCCUGAAUAAAAAUCAGGGGCUAGAUUCUGAUGAAAAUGAAGAACAGCUAAAUUUUCAUGCUCAUUUUUCAGAUUCUCAAUCAAUAGGAAACUCCAUUGAAACAGAUGAAGAAAGCAGCUCCUCCAGAAAGGGAAUAUCUACCCUUUCAUAUUCUGAAUCUCUAAGCAAUUUGUCUGAAAAUACACCCUCUGACAGUGAUGUUCCAGCUAAGGCCCUUUCAUCACCUGAAAUUUGUGAAACUCAUAUUUUUAAUACAUCUUCUAACCAGUGCUGUGUAAAUGGGGAGACUCCAUUGUACCAAUCUCUAGAAUACUCAAUUUUUGAUGGUCUUGGCAUUGAGGAAGCUGUAAUCCCUAAUUACAGGCUUCAGUUUGAAGAACUGUCUUCUUGUUCAUUUCUUACUGAUUUAGCUCCUAUGGGUUUAUCCAUGGAGGAAAGAAAAAGUUUGAAAGUAGGAGCAUUAGUGGGACCAGGAUUGGAUGAAAUUUCUUCUCUCUGUAAUGAAUUUGAUAUUGAUGCACGCAGUAAAAAGAUGUAUAUGGUGGAUAAUUCACUGUGUGUAUCCAAUCUCUCUGAUGUUCCUUCCCAAAACAGAGAUGAUUUCUUCCCUGAGUUGUCUGCUGAAAAUCAUCCUGCAGAUGAGGAGUCACACGUCUUAUCUCACACAUCACUCCGUCUUUCUUGUUUCUCGAUGCAGGCUUCUGGAAAGAACAAAAGUGAAAACUUGUCUGAUGAUGUGCUUGAAGAAAAACAUGUAGAAGAUGAAUGCAACACAAAUUCAAUUGACAAUCAGAUUGGCUCUCCAAUUUCAGUUGCUUCACAUACAGAAGAGCCAUCACAAGCCUUCCUAAAACUAGAAGCUGAGAUCCCAAAUUACAAGUCUGAAUUUGGAGAACCAUCUUCUAGUUCUCAUUCAGGCUAUUUUCUUUCAUUUGCUGAGGAUAGAAAAAAAUUGACGCAAGGGGCAUUGGUGGGACAGGAAUUGGGUGAAAGUUCUUCAAGGUGUAACGAACUUAAUACUCCACAUAAUCAUGACAAAGAAGAUAGGAUGGAUAUAGGUAAUAACUUACCCUGCAUGCCUAAUCUCACCCAUAUGCCGUCCCAAUCAAGAAAUGAUCUCUCUCCUGAGUUGUGUUCUGGAAAUCUUCCUGCACAUAAAUUAGAUGAAGAACAGAUUGAUACCUUACAGCUUUUUUCAGGGAGCUUGGAGCUAGCUCCUGAAAAGAAGAGCAAUGAAAAUUUGUUAGAUGAUGUGCUUGAAGCUGAAUAUGCAGUAGAUGAACGUUUAAAUGUUUCGGUUGAUAGUCAGAAUGAUUUUCCACUUUCAGUUGCUUCAUUGACAGAAGAGCAGCCACUGAGUUCAGGUUUGCCUGAAACUGAAAUUUGUGAUCCAGAUAUAGAGCCCAAUGCCAUUGUUUCUGAAGCAGAAUUUCUUCCAUUCUCUACAGAGAUGGCAAUUAACUCAACUUCUGUAGUAGAUGGUCUGCAGGCUGCUUACUUCAGAGAGCAAAAGUUCCCAGAAACAGCAGAAAAUAUUCCCCACCUUGAACCUGAUUCAAUUGAAAUAAGUCCUCUGUAUUAUAGAGACAAAAAUCUGUAUGGCUCUUCAACUGCAGCACAUGGUGAUGAAUUGUGUGGAUUCUCAUCUGACAUUGAUAUGGUUGGAAAGGAUGCCUCUAUCCUUGAAUCUCCAUCUGAUUUCCAAUAUUCUCUGGAUUCUCUUCCUGUUCCAGAGAUUCCUGUGCAUCUAGAUGACAUAGCAACAGACAAUGGUCACCUAGAAGCCUUGAAUGUGGCUACUACUGUCACCAGCACCCAUUGUGAUGACAAUGAAGGUGGUGGCAAGCCUCCAUCCAAAAGUCCCAUAAAUUUGCUAGAAGAAUCUAUUUCUAUCCUCACGGAUUUACAUGAGAAUGGAUUGAGGAUUGAUGAGAAAUAUUCUCCAGACCAUUUUCAAGACUCUGGUAUAGAAAAGGAGGUGGAUCAACAAGCAAUUGGCUCAUCAGAUUUGGACUCUGUUAUGAGCAAUGCAGUCUCUUAUGAUGGUUUGCCAUCAGAAUUUCUUGAUAAUAUCUCUGACUCUGUUGUUUCAAUAUCCAGGAAGAGUUUGAAUAACAAUAAUGGUCCCACUGUCUCAUUUUUGUCAGAUCAAAAAGACCUAGAUUCAGAAUCAAAAUAUCCAAUUAAUUGUAUUGAAAAUACAGAAGAUGAUGCAUCUUCACCUUUGCAUAAAACUGCAGUACUGUGGUCUCCUUCAGAAUGGAAGGUUAAGUUUCAAGUAGAUAAAUCUAAUAUGGGAUCUUGGCAUUCGGAAGGAACAUCUAAGCAAUUUGUUCAGACUGAGCAGAUACAAUCCUCAAAUCACUUGAAUUACGAAGGAUCAGCUGAUGUUUCAGCGGGGCAUGUCCUAAACCAAACUCCAGCUCCAGAAUUUGUACAACAAGAUGUGUUGGCGAAAGGUACAGAUAUAUCAAAUCAGGUCCUGCCUUCUCGUAGCAUGCAUCCUGAGGCAUCACAAAUUGGUUUGGAUGAGAUGCCUCCAUUGCCACCCUUGCCUCCAGUGCAGUGGAGGGUAGGAAAGGUUCAACAUGCUUCCCUAGCUCCUGAGAGUAAUUUGUUGCAGCAUAAUCUGGAUCCUCUUCCUCAAGUAUUGCCACAUAGGAUUGAUGAGGAAGAUCAAUUGGGCCAUCUAGCAAUAGAGGGAGAGAUUAUUCAACCCUCAAAUUCCUAUUUGGCACUAUCAACCAUAAAAGAUGAGAAUUCUCAGCAUGCUGAUGAGAACUUGGCUGGUUCUUCUGAUCAUUUCCUUCCGUCGUUGUUGCUAGUGCCAAUUGGUCAUGGAAACAGUGAAGAUGGAUUCCCAAUUCCAAGUGAAACACAGUCCACUAACCCGUUUUUACUGCUACCGACCAUAUUUAGUGAGAGGUCACGACGGCUUCUGAUUGUUUCACCGGUGGCCAAUGCUGAACAUACAAUUUCUACAUAUCCUCCCAGGUCUUUACCAGAUGCACUUAUUCAGCUUGAGCAACAAUAUGCACUGCACACGAUUUCAGGGGAGGGAAGCUCUGUAACCUCUGAGGGUAGAGUGGUGUGUCCUCCAGACAUCAGUUCUCCACCACCAGCUAUGCAGGACAAUCAGCCCCAGCAUGUUGUAGGCAUUACAGGUGGACAAACUACUUGGCCAUCAAGUACUUUGAUUCCACUUUCUCCUUUCAAAGAUGGAAAGCCAAAUGGAAAUUGGCAGAUGAAGCUUCAUCGCCCCCAAAAUCCUCUCAUUGAUGCUGUCGUUGCCCAUGACAAAAGCAAGUUGAGAAAGGUGACGGAGUGCGUUAGGCCUCAGAUUGGGCAGAAGUUAGAUGAAAAAGAUUCGCUACUGGAACAAAUACGAACUAAGUCCUUCAACUUGAAACCAGCAGCUGCUUCAAGACCCAGCAUUCAGGCCCCAAAAACCAAUUUAAAAGUUGCUGCUAUUUUGGAGAAAGCAAAUUCCAUCCGUCAGGCAUUGGCUGGAAGUGAUGAAGAUGAAGAUGGGUGGAGCGAUUCAUGAAAGGUAUUUUCUUGUGCUGGCCUUACAUUGGGAUAUUGCGGUCAAGUUUACUGGGAUGUAUUUUCUUGAAGCUCCUAGCUCUAUUUGGCUUUUUUGGCCGUAUGGUUAUUGCCAUGAACUGCACUGCACUGGCAGCACCUGUCUUCCUUGGGAAUAAGAGUUUCCUACGGCAUACUGUAUUCUCUACUCCUCUAGUCUCCAUGAAUGAUUUCUUCUCUCUCCCUCGAUCUCCUUGUGAAGUUUACUGGGAUGUAUUCUUGAAGCUCCUUUCUCUAUUAGGCCUUUUGAUUGUAUGUUUAUAGCCAUGAAAUUGCAGGGGCGGCAACUGUCUUUGUGAAUAGGAGACUGUCUCUUCACUGCAGAUUUCUUCUUCUUCUUCUUCUUCUCUCUCUUUCUCUCUCUCUCUCUCUCUCUCUCAAAUGUAAUUAUAUUUGCUGGCUGUGACCAUAAAAGUUUUGAGGUGUGACCCAGUUGUUUGCUUGUGAAAGGCAUGCAUUAGAGUGGUGCCGAAUUUUCUUCUUUAAUGUAUAGUUUGUGUUUCGUUUCUA